CUGGUGAACGACUGUGUAACUCUGACUGGGGUUGAAUCCUUCAGGGCGUGUGUGUUUUGGGUAGACAGGUACAGAAGCUGCAGUACUGGACUCCUGCAGUGAUUCCAGGUUAUUUCCACUUUAGUUGACUAAAUCUUGGCUGCAAACAUGGCCUCAUUAAGAAGUUUGAUCUUUGCAAUGCUGCUUGCACUACUCUGCUCCUUCCACACCCCACUGGCACCCACUGCAAAGGCCCAAGAUCUGCCAUUCCACUCUGAGGAGGGUCUAAUGGCAGAUGAUGACAACGACGACGAUGAUGAUGAUGAUGAUGAUGAUGACGACGAUGAUGAUGACGACGACGAUGAUGAUGACGAUGAUGAUGACGACGACGAUGAUGACAAUGAUGAUGAUGACGACGACGAUGAUGACAAUGAUGAUGAUGACGACGACGACGAUGAUGACGAUGAUGACGACGACGAUGAUGAUGACGACGAUGACGACGAUGACGACGACGACGAUGAUGACGACAAUGAUGACGAUGACGAUGACGACAAUGACGACGAUGACGACAAUGACGAUGACGACAAUGACGAUGACGACAACGAUGACGAUGAUGACGAUGAUGAAUGGCGAAUCAAAAGAAUAUCAUUCUCAAAAUUUCCAGGUCAGAUGUUUUCUUCUAUCUUUUCAGAUGAUGAUGAUGAGCAUGCUUAUCACAAAGGCUCCCUGUGCUCAUAUUGUGAAUUCUGCCAGCACUGUGACAGCUGUGAUAAAUGUCCCUGUGAAGAAGGAGACAAAUCUAAACACUGUGAUGACUGCAAGGUGAGCAGACAGGCAUAUGAUAUUUGGCUUUUGGAAAUCCCAAAAGUCAUAGCCAAAGGUCAGACAAUGUCAUGUUUACACUUAAAUCACAGAACUUCUUAUUACGACUGUGACGUCAGCAAGGAGGAGGUGGAGUCAUUUUUUGGGGUUGAGAUCAUCAGGAGAGAGCUGCUCGGUCCCUUUAGAGUCCCUGAAGUAAGACAGCAAGUCAGCAUUGCAAGGACAGUGCUGUUCUGUAUAACCAGAGGUUUUUGCCUUUGUUGUUACUUUUCUUUGUCCCUUUUUACCCCAGGAGGACUAGUCGAUGAAGUAACUGGAUCAAUCUACAAGACUGUGGCUGAUGUCUUUGAUGAUAACUGAGGCCAACCAUAUGUUGCCACCAUGUGGCCCAACUAAUACAUUUCACCUUCAUUGUCUUUUUUUUGAGUACCCUAUACAUUUGAUUAAUAAUGACUGAACAAAAACUGAAAAAUAAGCAAUGUGUUUAAUGUUGUUACUUGUCAAUCCGUACUUUUAAAAUGUUACUUUUAAUUUCCUCUGAAUUAUAUCUAAUAAAAAACUAAAAGAUAUGCUUAGUGAUCAAUGUGUUGCAUAUAAAAUGCUGAAAAGUGAGAAUCUGGUUCCUUUCAAACUUAGUACAAAUAAUAAUCAAUUUUCACUACAGUUUGAGACAGUAUAUGAUACACUGUUCUAUCAAAAUAAAUGAUAAUCAUAUCCUGCAUAUUGUACUUUUAGCUAACAAUUUUAAUCUUUACCAUGACAUUUCUGAUCUAAACCUUUCACAUCCUAAAAUCUGCAGUAUAACUAAAACCUUGUUUAGGCCCCCAAAAGGCUAAUGCAUCUAAGGAAACUUAAGCUUGACCCUUAAAUUCAUCAUGACAUGAUUGCAGUUUGCACUUCACCUUAUUAGAUUAUUAGUUAAACCAGAAAUUGUGCAGACAUCGCAACAAACAAGUUUAGAGUGUACUGUAAGUUUAAACUGUGUGUUUAAACAUACAUUUUAUAUUAACUUAUUAUACAGGUUUUGUAUUUGCCAUGUCAAUCUGUGAAACAAUAUAAACUUUGAUUUGUGAACAUUGCCUGCAGGACCCAGAGUAACCCAAGGUUAGACAAUUAUUCUAAAUAAAUUCACUAUUUAUUACGA